CUAUAUAGUGUUGUCACAAUCUCUUCAUCUUCUUUACCAAAAUCUCUCUCAAUCCUUUUCUCUUCUGUAAAAACCCAAGAAGAAGAAAGGGUCUACUUCAAAAAUCCUCUCUUUUCUUGUUUUUUUUAUCUUCAAAAAUCAAAUCUUGAUGGCAACAAUGAACAGUGGAAACAACAGCAAUACUCCUGCAACUGCGGCUCCUGUUAUGCCUUCACCAAAGCAGACACAGACUACUGCAAAGACUGUUGAUACUCAGUCUGUUCUUAAAAGGUUGCAGUCUGAGUUGAUGGCUCUAAUGAUGAGUGGUGACUCUGGAAUAUCUGCAUUUCCUGAAGAAGACAACAUUUUCUGCUGGAAAGGGACAAUAACUGGUAGCAAAGAUACAGUUUUUGAAGGAACAGAAUACAAGCUCUCUCUUUCAUUUCCUGCUGAUUACCCUUUUAAACCACCAAAGGUCAAAUUCGAGACCGGUUGCUUUCAUCCCAAUGUUGAUGUGUAUGGCAACAUAUGCUUAGACAUUCUUCAGGAUAAGUGGUCAUCUGCUUAUGAUGUGAGGACUAUACUCAUUUCAAUUCAGAGUUUGCUUGGAGAGCCAAACAUAAGCUCACCUCUGAACACUCAAGCUGCUGCUCUUUGGUGCAAUCAAGAAGAAUACAGGAAGAUGGUUGAGAAGCUAUACAAGCCUAGUGUGUAGUUAGGUGUUAGUGUAGAAUUGUUAUUCUUUUUUCAUAUGGAUGGAACAAAUGUAGUUGGAAUUGUUUUAGUUGCUAUUUCCUGUUGUUUGGAGAACCCUCUCUUCAUAUGUAUGAGAAAGAGGAAAGGUUUGUUGUGUACUCUCACAAUAAUAUGGGAAUAUAGAGCACUUCUAUUUUUUUAAAUCUCUUGUAUCUCAAAUUCCUUGGUGAUAUCUGAUAUCAUAUCAAAAUGCUGAAAAAGAAGACUUUACAGUG